UAUUUAAUUUUAGUACUUAAAUUGUUAGUUCUGUACCUUAAUAAAUAUAUAUUUUUGAAUGGCUGCAGCCAUGCGCUAGUUGCAGUACCUGCCAAUUGCUCUUCCCCUCGGGAUUGGAGAAGAUUUUCAGUAUCGUACAGCUGAUAAGUGCAACAAAAAUGUAAAGUGCUGAAAUAAGAGUGCUGCGAAUCAAAACAAAUACGGAGCAGCAUUAAAAACAAUUAAAUUCUUGCAUACAUAACUUUGAAAGUGUUUUAAUAUAUGCGAACAAAGCAUGCAAUUCUGCUAAAAAGUAUUAGAAAUUUGGAACUACAUACAUAUACAAAUUUUAAGUAGUUGCAGCGAAAAGUCAAAACAAACAUAUAAGACGCUAGCAACAAAUAGCUUAGCAACAAUGUUGCGAAACAACGAAGUAGACAAUGUCAGAUCAACUGCAACAGAAACGAAAUUAGUUGAGGGUCAAAUGACCAAUCCAAAUACUAUUGUGGGCACAACGGCAUUGACGCUCUCAGCUGUGCCUGAGAGCCCAGAACCAGCUGUUGUUACGUCGCCAACAUCGCCAUCGUCCUCGCUUCUGUCGCAUGCAGCUAGCGAGCCCACAUUUGACGUUCAGAUGCGUACGCAGCAACAACAGAAAAUUAAACUCUAUCACGAUGCCAAGCAGCAUGCCGUAUGGCGCACCGAUUCCCUAGCCUCGAAUUCGUCGAACUCGUCAGCAAAAGCGGGUGCUGCUACUGAUUAUGUCAGCAUGAGAUCAACUGCGCCAGCAUGUCUACUGCAGCGGAAAUCGUCUGACAGCUCAGUGGUGUCAUCAUCGAUGCCGCGCCGCGUCUCAUUUCCGGAAAGCGAUAAGGAGCUGGUCACUGGAUAUUUGGAACCGGCCAAUCCAUGGGAAGAAGCCUGGCAAGUGAAGAGCCCAAGUGAGAUCACCGAGCUUUAUGAAAAGUCAUGCCGUAAACAUAACACUCAGCCGCUGCUUAGCAUUCUUGAGCACCUGAAAGUGCUCGAUCUUAAGCAGGGACGCCAGCUGCUAUUAUCCUUGAAGGCCCUACCAUUGACGCCCAACGACUGUGAGCCGCUAGAGGAAAUAUUUAAGCGGAUACAAUAUAAAACUAUUGAUCUAUCCGAAUGUCCGCUGACCGAAAGCUGCCUGGGCGCCCUUUUUCAAAUGAUUGAAUACUAUGAAGCUGCCAAUGAACUGGACAUAUCGUACAAUAAGGCCGAGAUGUCGUUACGCGGCUGGAGCCUCUGCACCUAUAUGAUAGAACGGAGCCUGGAACUGCAGAUGCUCAAUGCCGAGGGUAAUCAGAUAUCGAAGUUGGGUGCCGAGAGCUUGGGCAACGCCUUGGCCACUUCUAAUCUGCACACACUGAAGCUGGAGCAUUGUGGACUGAAGGGGCCGCCACUGACUAGCUUAUGCUGCAAGCUUUACCACAACAAAGUGCUCAAAGAGCUGUGGCUGGGCUACAAUGAUUUGGACUGCACGGAUGCACAACAUAUUGCGGACAUGUUGCGCUUCAAUCACAGUAUUGAGCUGAUUGACAUAAGCAACAACAACAUAAGGGACGAGGGUACCAUGUAUUUGGUGCAGGCACUGAUAUUGCAGUCCACAGAACUGGAGCGGCGCAGUGGAUUGCCCCUGCAGAGAGCGCGAGCCAUUGAGGAUGAUGAGUGUGUGUCGCCAUUGGAGACGACACCACCCGUGCAGCUAAAGCGUGGUCCGAGCGAGGAGGAGUGUCCCAAAGUGCCUGAAAUCGAAGUAUUGACGGAUCAAGCAUCGCAGUCUGCUUCUGCUUCUAUUUCCGCAGCCGUUGCCGCUGCGGGUGGAAGCGGCGAUGGUAGCACAUCCAUAGAAGAGGUAGAGAAGCAGCAGAAGCAGAACCAGCAACAGCAACAAGUGUCCGAUGAUCAGAAGCAACAGCAGCCUGCCGUUAUGGAUACCAGCGCAGCGCCAACGCCAUUGGAUCUGGAGAACGAUGUGGACGAUGACAAUACAGACGACACUGUGCGCACUGUCCGGGGCUGCAAUCAGGGCGCGGCUGGGCAGUCUAUGCUGGACAAGCUGCUCUCGAUGAACAGCGAUAGCAGCAGCGAGGAGGCGCCCUCCAACAUAUCCACAGACACGCUGGCGGCUUGCUGCUCUGAGGAUAUUAGUGAGAACAGCAAUGAGAUUUAUGAUGCAAAGGCCACACAAGUAGCAGGCACAGCACAAACAACAAAAACAACAGCUAAGGUGACAAUUCCGACGACGACGACGACGGCGACGACUACGACAGAAAAUGAGACGACAAGCGCCUUGAAACCAACAGUUCCAGCAGCGCUCACGUUAGAGUCAGUGGAGCAGCUGUCUCCCAAGCAACAACAACAACAACUACAGCAACAACAACAAAGUUCCCAAACUGAACGCAACUUAUGUGAUAUAACUCCCUCAACAGAGGCUAAAACCGUUGAAACCCCCAAUGAAACCUGUGUACAGAACAACAAUAACCACAACAGCAACAGCAACAACAACCACAACAACGCCCAUGGGCAUAACAAUAGCAAUAAUAAUGUUAAUAAUCAUAAACCAUCAACAACAACAACAAAUCCUGGCGCUGAAAUACCACCUAGUGGUAUUUUUGAGGUGACGGCCGAAGAGAGCGAUUGCAUUAAUGGUGGAGCAGCGAGCGGCUCCAGACCAUUGGAUGUUAAUAAAAACGCCAAAGUUGGAGAUGAUUUCGAGGAUACGCACAGCACAGAUUCGGCGUUUGAGAGUGCUUCCGAGGGCGAUAUUAGUCGCCAUUUGCCCGAUGAGUUUAGUCGAUUGUCUGUGUCGCUGGAGAGCACACGCCUGGAUGACUUGACCAAGGAAAUGGGCAUAGAAACAGGCACCAUAGCCACCGAAUCAACUGAGUGUCUGGUGGCCGAGGAGGCAGGAACGCCCUCGUCCACACCGACGCCAUCAACAACAACAACAACCGCAGCCACAGCAGCAACAGCGACGCUCACAUUUGCACCAGAUGUUAAAGACGAUGAGGUAUUUGCAGCGCCAAGACCCAGUCCUUGCCCCAGUCCAACACCUACACCGCCACCGCCUUCCACGUCGCCGGGCGGCGUCAGUUCUGGACUGCGACGCACGGAAACCAGUUGCGCUUACCUCAAUCAGUCCACCCGCAAUCGCUCCCAAAGCUCGGACAGCUUGUGCAGCGAAAAUUCGUUGGAUGGUAGCACCAGUUCGGAGCAUCAGUUUGCAGAGAAAUUGACCAAGAACGAUACACUUUCCCGUCGCCAGCUGGUGGAUGGAACGGCUGAGGCGGCAAAUCGCCCGCCCAGCGGUCUUAAGGCCCUCACACUGUGGAGCAAUAACUUGACUAAGGACUGUGGUCGCAGCAUUGCCGAAUUGUUGCAAAAGACCGUAUCACUGGAGCUGCUCAACAUCGGCAAGAACUGUUUGUCGAAUGAUUUUGUGGCGACCAUCAAGGACAGCCUGACAAAGAACACAACGCUCACCACAUUGGGUCUCCAGAGUGCACAUUUAAGCGCGAAGGGCAUCGAAACACUGGCGUCCAUUCUAACCUUCGGUGGCAAUAGCAAACUGCAGCGCAUCGAUAUACGUGACAAUAAACUAGAGGUGGAAAGUCUGAAUAUAAUCGCCGAUGUGUUGAAGUCCAACAAAACGAUCACACAGAUAGACAUCAAUGAUGAGCCCAAACGUUUGACGAUUGGCAGCGAUGCGCAUCUGGACUAUACACGUGUUCUGGGCACUGUGCGAUCGAUGUGCUCGCGCAACGAGAAGAUCCAGGCCGAAUUGCUGGCGGAGAGGACGGCGAACGUGGGUGGAGGCGGCAAUUGCAGUAGCAACGGCAGUGGUAUCAACAAUCGGUGUCGCGGUGGUUACUACUUGGGCUCGCGGAAGAUAUCGCUCACAUGCCACAGUCGCCCGCUAGUGGAUGCAGUCACGGGCACAGUCACGGGUCCGCUAGCAGUAACCGCAAUGCCAACGCCGGCCGCCAAACUGGAGGUGAAGCGCAAGUCAAAUGCGCGAUUGCGCUCGCCGGGUCCCAGUCCGCCCACGGUGUCGCCAUCCUCCUCGCCAAAUCGCAGUCGCUUUCAUGUCUCUCGUGUGAAUGAGGUCAGUCCGCUGACAUCGCCGCUGGUCGCAAUGCCGCCACAGCAUCCGCCCACGCCGCGUUCGGCCAGCAGCUGCAUGUCCAUACCGGCGGCCACAUCGACCGGUGGCAGCCUCCUUGGCAGUCAAAGCAGUCUAAAUGCGAUGGCAUCGUUGCCCACAUCCAGCUCAUUGCCGGCCAUGGCCUCCGCCACAUCGUCCACCCAGACCAUUAAACGUCUGUCUGCCUCGCCUCGCUCACGUUUUCAAGUACAACGCAUCUAUGAGGAUCCACAGGUGCCACUGGCCAGCCGACAAAUGCCACCGAUAACACCACAGACACCACCGAUUAUUUUGCCACCAACGCCGAUGCUGAAGUCGACGCGCAAGGCUGCGCAGUUGGCCGAAGCGGCGUCUACAACAUCAUCAGCAACAUCCACACAGAAGGCAGCGGUUGCACCAACACCAACAACAGUGGUUAUUGUGGAGCCCAGCCAAGACGCACACCAUGAUGCCAAUAGUACAAAUGAUGUCGAUGAGACGGCGGUGACGAAAAAGCUAUCGCCACAUUUCACCAACUCGCCCACAUCAUCAAGCUCAUGCUCCACAUCGCCAGUAUCGCUGACAUCAAACUCCAAUUCAUCGCCAUCACCGUCAUCUUCGUCUUCAUCAACAUCUGCAUCGGCGAGCAGCACCUCAAACGAUGUCACCGAUUCCUUCAAUGUAGAAUGCACAACGACAGUACCCAAGUCCUGUCCGAUUGCGGUCUUUGGAGAUAAUGAUAUAACACUCACCAAAGAUUCCGCUGCUGGAGCUGUACUCACAGCUGCAUCUGUGGUCCAGAGUUCACAGCCCGCCGAUGCAGAUGUAGAAGUGCCAGUCGCAGUUCCGGUGACCGCAGAGAUUGUCAAUCUGCCGCCAACACGAUCGCGGAAAACCUCAUGGAUCGCAAAUCAAUCGGCGGUGGACAAGCUGCUCACACUUUUCCAUACUACCGCGAUUUUUCAGCGUAGCUCAUCUCCAGAAACCAAAACCAAUGCGCCGACCACAAAUAACGAACAGAACACAACCACCAGUACCACAACCACAAUAAUAACAACAGCAACGACAAACACCACAACUGGCGGCGGUUUGGGUUUCACCGACGUCAAUGUCCAAGCCUCAAAUACACUCGUAGCCACACGAAAGACAACACCACCCGCGUGGACGCCACUCGAUGCAAACGUCAGCAAUGCAGGCGCCACUUCUUUUCUGGACACUGCCUCGCGACAAUUACGAGACUUUGGUAAGCAGGUCUUCAGACAGAACCUCUCGUUCAACCAGAGCGGCGAUGCGGGGAACAAUGGAGCAGCCGUGUUGGAACCAAUUGCCACAUCCACUAGCGUCACGACGGGAACCAUAACAUCGAUCAGUUCGGAGGCGGCAAACACAAACGAACUCAAUGCGGCGCACAUACCGAUGAAUCUGAAGCGGGAGCUCAAGGAAAACAUAUCCCCAGAGCACACGAUCAAUGAGGAGACGCUGCACACCCUUCAGAAGUUGGCACGGUCCGAGGACGUCACAUUGAGGGCCGAGGCUGCGGCCGAACUGGGCGACAUUGAGAUUGUGAUGCACAGCGAGCUGGACGAUUGCUUGACUGAGGGAGCCCAGGAAGAUGCCGCGGCAGUGGGACCAGCAGUGGCUUCGCCACCAGCCUCAGUGGCGACACCUCAAAUUUAGGACGCAGCCAAGCACUGAAGUGGGGCUACAACAAAAAAAAAAGAAGAAGAAGCAAUUGGACAUGUGCAAUUGACAAUGUUGAUGACCAAUCAAUCAAUCAAUGAAGCAAACAAACAGCGAAGAGCAACCAACCCACCCACCCAUCCACUCUUUCCCUGGCGUUCCUCUGUAACCCAACCACCACCACCCGCCCGCCUUGUAAUUGUUGCAAAGACAAAAAACAAAAAGAGAAGAAAAGCAAAGACGAAAACAGUGAAAAGUGAAAAGAUUUUGCCCCACACACAACAUGAAUAAUAACGCAAGUACACAAGUUUUUACAAAUUAAACAUAUUUUUUUUCUGUUUUAUUUUUGGUUAAAUUCUUUUUAAGUCGCAUAUACAUACAACAUAUACAUACAUAUAAAUAUAUAUACAUACAUAUAUUUACAUAUACAACAAUAUACUUACGCAAAAUAUAAAUAUAUUUUAUUGAUGAUAAGAAACAAAUGAAUGAACGUAAGCAACACAGAGAAGGGUAUACAUUACUUAACACAAAAAACAAACCAACCAACAAACAAACAAAGAAAAAACAAACAAUUGAAUUAAUAGCAAAUUGUAAAAGUUAAAAGUGUGGGCAGUUUGAAAAGUCGUUCAGUGCUAAAAAUCGAAAGCAAAAUUUGUACUUAACAGCAAAAAGUGUGUAUAACAUAUAUAUUUUUUAUAAUUUUAUUAUGAUUUUUCAAACUUAAAACUGCAGCAAAACUUAUCAUAAAUACAUACUUUAAUUUUUGUUGAUAUGCUAAGUUUACGAUAUAAUGAAUGGAGAGGUACAUACAUAUGAGUAUAUUUGUCUGAUGUCCGAUAGGAAUUAUUCAGAAACCUUAACAAAAUGUCCAAACUGUAAAAUCGAGGUUUCUUGUACUUUGUUUCUUUCGAAAUGUGCAAUGCCUUAUAAAACAAAAGUGUAGUUAGCUAAAGCAAUGAACUUAUUCAAAAUAUUCACUCACACAUUUCUUAUUGUGGAGACCAACACAACAAACACACACACACACAAAAUUAACAACAAAUUAGUAUUGUAAAAGAAAAACAAAAAAUUAAAUUAAAUAAAAUGACACAGACGUGCGAGGCAGUGGAAGAGAUUUUUUGCUUUUGCUACAAAUCCAAACACACAAAGAUACAAAUACAAUAAUUAAUAUAUAAUUUGCCAAAAGAACCAAUUUUGUAAAUUCAAUAAAAAACAAAACAAAAACCCACCAGCAGUUCAAGUUGAGAAAGUAUAGUAGUAGACAACAUUGAGUUGAGAAUUAUACGCGCAAGAAUUACUUAAAAUUAAAACGUACAUUCUUACAUUUCACACACAAAAAAAAAACCCAAAAUAAAUCCAAUUGAUCUCAUUAUGUGAUAUUUGUCGUAGUACCCAAAGCGUUCACUGUUAUCUACAUGUAACCGAAACAUAUGAGUUAAAUAAUAUACAUUUUUUGUACAUAUACGGAACACGCGAACACUCUCGUCUCUUAAGUACAUAAAUAAUAGUACUUACAUAUAUUAAAUACAUACAUAAAUAUAUAUUCUAACUCGCAACCGCAAUUACACUUACAAUUACGACUAUAUAUGAAGCUGUUCAAUAAACAUACAUACAUACUAUAUACGUACAUACAUACAUAUUAAUACAUACAUACAUAUAUACAUGCAUAUAUUUGUUGUGAAAAACUGAAUGAUCAUGUGAAUGCCAAGAGCGACUUUUCAAAUUGUCCCGCGUCCCGCCAACUUUUAAAUAAUUUACAAUCUGCUGCUCACAAAAUAGAAACGAUAAUACUAGCAACAACAAAACUAAAAAAUUAACGUAAUGUCCUAAGUACAUACUAUAUAAUUCGAUGAAUCCUUGUAAAUAUCGCGUGUGUACUGUAACCUGUAAAAGAACGUGGCUGGACAUGUCGGCCCAUUUAAGAACUAAGACUUAAUCUUCAGUUGUUAUUUUCCUGUUCGUUUUUCAAGUUAUUUUUCUAUGUGAGGAUUUGAUUUAAUGACCACUACUCCCUUGUGUUUAAUUAUAAGUAGCUAAACGCUUUUUCAAUAUUUUCCAAUGUCACACAAUUAUUUUUGAUAUCGUUAGCUCACACACACUUUAUAUAUAUAUAUAUAUGUUAAUGAGAAAGUUGUUAUCCAUUAUUUGAAUUAUUUUAUAUAGUUGAAGCGAAUGAACGCAGUGCAACAUUUAUAUCAAUUCAGUUAUUGUUUGAUUAUUAUGAUUAUUAUUAUUAUAAUUUUAUGUUUUGUAAAUUAUAUCGUACUUAAUUUACAAACCUGUUGCUGGUGCUCACACAGAUUAUUAAAAAUUAGGCACUAGAAUAUUAUGUACUUGCCGGCACUCUAAAAUUAAUUUCAUUUAACAAAAUGUACUUUUUGAAAUUUAAUUUUGGAUUAACAUAUACAACAUAAUAAAUAUCUCUUGAAAAAACAAAUGCUUUGGCUAAUUGGUAACUUAAACGUAUUUUC